CAUCUGGCAAUUUCUCCUAUUCUGACUUUCCAGACCAGCUCUCCUCUCCUCUCUUCCCCCAGAUUCGCGCCCGGCGCUGACCUCGAGGAUUACCGAUCGAGGCGUGCGGAUAGACAUACUGGCACCCCCUCCCCAUCCACUACCUUCUCAUGCACGACACAUAGCCCUCCCGUCUAUUGGCGACCCCCGGUUCGCCCGUACCUCUCCUCACAAUGCCCCCACGCUCGUUACGUCGCCAGAACCCCAUCACCCUUCUCCUCGCCGCGAUCCUGUGUAUCGGCUUCAUCAUAUUCUUCUUCUCAAAUGGCGAGAGUAGCGUCAGUCCCGCCCAGGGGAAGACGGGCGGCACCGCCUCCAAUGUGCUAUCACCACCCUCCCUCCCGUUCCGCAAAUCGAAGUCGAACGAAGCAGCAGGUCCUCCACCGGUUGUACACUACCAUAUGAACAAGUUGACGACGUCACGGACACCCAUCGAGAACCGAGAGACGGUUCUGAUUCUCACCCCGUUGGCACGCUUUUACCAAGAGUACUGGGACAGCCUGCUCAAGCUCAGCUACCCGCACGAGCUCAUCUCCCUUGGAUUCAUCAUCCCCAAGACCAAGGAGGGGAAUCAGGCAUAUGCGCAGCUGCAGGCGCAGGUCAAAAAGACACAGAGCGGACCCAAGAACAAGCGCUUCGCAAGUGUCACGAUCUUGCGACAGGAUACCGAGUCGCCUCUGGUCUCGCAGGACGAACAAGAAAGACACAAGCUGGAGAUUCAGAAAGUGAGAAGGGCGGCCAUGGCCAAGGCGCGCAACUCGCUUCUCUUCACCACCAUCGGCCCCACCACCUCGUGGAUUCUGUGGCUGGAUGCAGACAUCGUCGAGUAUCCCCCCUCGCUGAUUCAGGACCUGGCAGCGUACAAUGUGCCCAUCAUUGCACCGAACGUCUUCCAGCGCUACUACGACACCGAGAAGAAGGCCAUGGACAUCCGGCCGUACGAUCUCAACAACUGGAUCGACAGCGCUACCGCCAAAGAGUUGGCGGCCAAAAUGGGCAAAGACGACAUUCUCGUCGAGGGUUACAAGGAUUUGCCUACCUACCGCACGCUGAUGGUGUACAUGUACGAUCCCACGGCCGAUCCAGGCACCAAGGUGAAGCUGGAUGGUGUUGGAGGAACCUUUUUGGUGAAGGCAGAGGUGCACAGGGAUGGCGCCAUGUUUCCCGCUUUCCCGUUCUACCACCUCAUUGAGACGGAGGGAUUCGCCAAGAUGGCCAGUCGGUUGAACUGGGAGAGUUGGGGUCUCCCAAAUUACCUUGUGUACCACUACAACGAGUGAACAAUCACAUCACCUUCCCUCAUCUCAAUCGUUGUCACGUUGGCGUUGUCACCACUGUCCCGCUGGGUGCGGAUAUGCAUGUUUGAUCAUUGGAGGGCGUUUUGGCCAGGCGUUUACAUUUCCUUUCUCUCGCGGUUCGAUUGAUGCGGAACACUGGCCAGGGAGGCGGCCAGCAGGGUUCUAGAAUAUUGCAUAGGGGCCAUUAUGUCUUGCUCAUAGAGAAAAUGUACGCUGGAGCUGCGGUACGGAAACAAUGGAAGAAAGUUGAUGAAGCCGU